AUGGGCAAAAAAUGCGAUAUUUGUCGCAAAAAAUGCUCAGGAGACGCCUACAAGGCGAAUGACAAAUUCUAUCACACCAACUGCUUUAAGUGCAAAAGAUGUGGUCGGGAUCUAGCAGAAUCAGGAUACUACACAACUCCUGAACAUGCAUUACUGUGCCCAGAUGACUUCCGAGCCGCUUCCAGAGAGCUCACAGUGAGGACGUCGCAACCAGAGCACGCCUCAUCUUCAAGUGCGGCAACGCCCAAGUCUCCGGAGAAAUCAAAUGGUACAACGGACGUGUCGUCGACUGGAGCCGCUAAUGCCACACUGCAGCAAAUCUCGCCGCUCGGAUCGCCAACAACAUGCGCCGCUUGCGAUCAAGCCUUGCAUUCGGGUCAAGUGCUUCUCGCUCUCGGUCUUUCAUGGCACGUGUACUGUUUCAAAUGCAGCGAGUGCUCAGCAGUCCUCCAUGGAGAAUACAUGUCACACAACGGAAAACCAUUGUGUCUUCGUGAUUACAACGAGAAAUUUGGAGUCAAGUGUUACGAGUGUGAAAAAUUCAUUGCGGGAAAAGUGUUGCAGGCUGGCGGCUACAAGUUCCAUCCAACUUGCGCCCGUUGUUCACGAUGCGGUUCUCAUUUCGGUGACGGUGAAGAGAUGUAUAUGCAAGGAGACGAGAUCUGGCAUCCAUCUUGCGAGCACGCGCGGACCACUGAAAAUAUCGCGCCAACCGGACGUGCUGCAACCCUAUCAAGAAAUGAACCAAAGUAUCAAUCGACAUUUGGACAGCAUCAGGCAUACAUGUAUUUGCUGCCAGAGGUGGAACAAACAUACUUGAGACAUCCAGUCAUGAACCCCAAGGAACCAAAUGCACCCCAGUACCACGUCCCACAAGGACCAAUCAAGAUCCGCAAGUCAAGAUUGUCAAUGCUCAAAACUGGAAUGCAGCGGCUCACUGAGGAUUUGGAAAAGAACAUUCCACGACCAAAGUCACCACAUAUGGACAAUGAAGAGCCAAUUGAGUUGGCUCACUACCCAGCAGCUCAGGUACCAGAUCCAGAUAAGCUACCAGCAAUUGAGCGAGAGGAUUUUCCCGCUCCACCCUACCCAUACGCUGUUGAGGAACUCAAGAGAAGACUCUCGACUUCAUCCAUCGAGAACGAGAUCUCCGAUGACGAGUAUUCCGAGAGUGACAAGGUUGAUGAGGACAAAUUGAGAAAGACUGUCGAAACUCUGGAGAAGUAUAAUGACUCUUCAAUUGCCCACGUCAUCAAACAAAACAUUGAGGAUAGUCACAAGAAACAGAGAUUGCCACUUCAUUGGGAUCCAAGAAAUGCAAGCCGAACCCCAUCUGGCAAGAAGAUGCCACAUCUCAAAUUCCGUUACGACGUCCCAAUCAAUGCUUCACCAUCUCGUCAUCUUAAUCGUCCACGGCCUUGGGUUGUUUGGCAAGGAGGGGAAAGAGACCACGGCAACAACACUCUGCCGUGCUUCCACAUUCCAGAAGAUAGUCGGGCGAAUACGCUAAGAGCCGCGACACUUCCGACCGAGUUUGGACAAAACUUGUCAUUGGAGAACUUGGACACCACUAUCAGCAGCCAUUAUUCAGAACACUCAAUGACUGAAUCUGGAACAGCUGGAGGACCCCGAUCCGCGGGAGGUGCUGCUCUCCGUUCAUCACUACCUGACAUGAGCAAACCUGCCAAGCAAUACGACCUCGUCAUUCUCCAAACAACAAAUUCGAAUCUUCCGGACGACGUUGACAGACAACAUUUGGAACGACACUUGCCUCGCGAUCAAUUUGAGGAGAUCUUCAAGAUGUCCUUAAUUGAAUUCUACAAGUUGCCCGAGUGGAAGAGGAUCAAUUUGAAGCGAAAGCACAAACUUUUCUAA